UUUGCCGCGGGGCCACGGAAGAGGCCGGCCGUCGACGUGGUCAUGGAAGCUGUCGUCAAGACAUUGCGCCACGUGGAGAAGACGCAUGCAAAUGCAUCGUCUUCGACAUCGUCCAAGCAUGGGCUGCAUGCGCUGGAGCUCUUCUUGCUCCUCAAGCCCAAGACCUUUCCUGAGCAUGCCAAGCUGUCGACGCUCUUGCUCCAGCGCAAGACGUCGGAUGCGUUCGCCACGCCCGCGCCCAGCGCCAAGAACGUGGUCAUUGACAAGUCGCCGAGCCUGUGCCUGCAAGGCAUCCAGCUCGCGCUACAAGCGUCGCAGGACCUCUCGCUCCUCGUGCUCGCGAGCCUCCUGGUUAUCAACCUCAACCGCGACAAGGUCAGCUUCAAGCAGCCGUUUACGUGGGAGAACAUGCAUUUGCAGCUCGCCAAGAAGCUCCUCGACGUGGCCGCGCUCCCGCUACCGAGUGGAUUGCACGAGUAUUGCCGCCUCCUCAUGCACUACCAUCUGCGACUCGUCUUGACCAGCGUCCAGUUUGCAUCGCCAUCAACCUCGAACGAGGACCUCGACUGGAUCGCGCUCCAGCGCAAGUUCUACGACCUGCCAACCACGCUGCCACCGUUCAUGGAGAAGCUCCUCGUCGUCUGCCUCCAGAUGCAACUCCAUGAAGGCAAAGUCGCAAUCCUCGUCCUCCACGACCUCGCGCCAUCGCGCAUGACGAAGACGACGUGGGACAUGGCCUACCGUCUUCUCUGGAAGUGCGCGACGAGCCUCGAGAAGGCAUCAACAAACGAUGCCGGCACGGUCUUGCAUCUGCGGACCCACGGCCUUCGCUGCUUGGCGUACACGGGCGGGCCAUGGCCCACGUUUCUUCAGCAGCUUCAUCGCACGGGCAUGCUCUUCAAGAAGCACGCGCAGCAGUCGCCAUCGCCCUUGUACGCAGAGAUGGUGUCGCUCUGGCACACCCUGCUGGCCCAGCAAGCGACGGCGGACGAAGCCAUAAGCUGGCCGAUUCUACUCCAGUGGCUCGAGCACUGGGUGGUCGUUGAGCCAUCGCAUCCGGGCGUCGCAGCGACCUUGGCCUAUGUCCGUCUCAACCUCGUGCCUGCCGAUGGGCGCUGGCACGGACUGCUUUCGCUCCUUAAGCAAGACGCCUCGAUCGAUAGUGUACUCGAGAGCCUCGGAAGCGACCUCUCGCUGGCCAUGCUGCCCAUUGCCCUGCGCUGCCUCAAGCGGCGUCUCGCGUCCCACAGCGCGGCGGCCUAUCCACGUCUGCUCGAAUGGACGACGCGGCUACGACAAGGCAGUACGUCGGCCGGCGACCGCGACCGGCUCGUGCAGGAAGAGCUCUACUGCCUUCGCAUGUGCAUGCGUACCUCCAUCGAUGCGCCCAUGACGCUUUUGCGCUACACGGAACGCGCGAUCGCUCUCUACACUGCCGUCUUGCUGCCGUCAGUGUCGGACGAUGCUGCGGCCGCCUUCAACGCUCUGUGCGCGGACGCUCUCGCCGCCGCCAUCCAGUGGUUCAAGCAAGAACAGUACCAAGCCGUCGUGCAGCUCGGCGUGCUUAUCUCGCCGCACAGCGACAAGCUCCACGCCGUUCUCGGCGCCGCGUACCACAAGAUGCACAAACUCGACUUGGCGAUCGCGUCGCUCGAGCUCGCCGUGCGCGUCGACGCAUGCCAUGCCGACAAGUACCUGCACGUGCUCUUUGACGCACCGCGCGUCACCAUGGUCGACUCGAUGACGCGCCUGCUGCAUGCGUCCUCUGCGGUGUCGACGCCGUUAUGCCAGCAACUGCUUCAGCAAACGACCAAGUGGCUCCGGCACUUGCGCCGCGAGGCGUGUGAAGCCACGCUCGAGCGCUUCCAUGCCGCGCUCGACCUCCACGCGCUCGUAGCACCCACGCGUUUGGACGCACUCUUGCGCCAGCGGGCGCGAGCCCUCGCCGACUUUUACGUCCAUCGCGACGUGGCGCCGUGGCUCGCUGCCCUGGAUACGCUGCUACGCGCGGUGGCCAGCGAGACAACGCCGAUCGCGGCGGGCUGGCGCGCGAUUUGGCGCCUCGAGCGCAUUUUAAGCUCCACCUACGCGUCAAUCGAGUGUCCCGUAUCGUUUGAUGCGAUUCGACCGGACCUCGAGUGUGCGAUAUCUGGGUACACGCAUGGGAUUCAAAGCGACAACGACGAAGAGAACCUAUAUCGAGACGCGCUGCUCGGCGCCUGCCACGUGCUCGGGUGGAGCUCGCUUCACCGACGACUGACACCCGAGCGCGCGCCGUGGGAAAACGCUGCGGCGAUGCAGAGCACGGGUGACGUGGACGGUGCGCUGCGUCUGCUCCAGUCGGUUUUGGACGAGGAGUCGCCACGCCAGGGAUCCAAAGGGACGUCGUUGACGGCGGCCCGCUGUCGACAGAUCGCGCUGGCGUCGGCGUAUGGCGCCAAAGGGCUGUACGAGGACGCGGCGGACGCGCUCAAAUCAGCGCUCCACCUCUGCUUCCAGCACGUCCAGUACCUCGGUCUUGACACGAUUUUGCUGCCGCCACUUGCCGCGCCUGGCAAAAUGUACUUUCAAACGUUCGAUGCCAACGGGUGGCGGGUGCUGCACGAUGCGCUGACCGUACUCUCGGCGCUCGGCGACGUGCAUGCCAAGCUUGGGUCGCCCGCCAAGUACGUAUAUCUUGUUGUUGUUGCGCUGGCAUUUGGUCUGCAUCCGCGGCUCGUGGGCACGCGCCACGUCGCGCUCGUGGGCGCGCGCCUCGAGCUCCAGCGACACAACUUGACGGUGGCUCAAACCGCGCUCACCAAGCUGCUGCCGAUACCAACGGAUGACGCGACGCUGCGCGAGGACGAUGCGUGGAUGGCCCAAGCGUGCAACGAAGACCUCUUUGAAGGCGAUGUGCUUCAUGUCCAGAGCUGCUAUGGCCCGGCGCAGAAGGCGUACAAGCUCUCAAAGCACCGCAUCAUUCCGUACUACCAGUCGCAGAAGCGGCUCAUAAACAUUGUCGGGCGCAGCUAUCGCAAACUCGCGUCCAACGCCGUCUGUGCCUACUAUUUCGACAAGACCAAGUCAACGUUUCCCGACGACGCGAUCACGGCGUUCCAAAAGGCGCUCAAGCUCAGCAUGUGCGACGUGGAGAAGGCGCGGUGUCUCCAUGCCGUCGGCCUCGCAGUCUACCAUCGCGCGCUCACGCACGACGACGGUAAGCGCCUCGAGCUCCUCUCCCAGAGCAUCCAGGCGCUUCGGGAAGCGUGGUGCCAUGCCGUGCACAUGCGCUACCGUCCGCAUUUACUGCAUGUAGUGUGUCGCGACUUGACCUUGGCGCUCAUCGAGACAGCCAAGCACACGGACAUCGUCAUGCAGCGCAAGCUGCUUUGGAACAUGACGCUGUUGCAAGCGUCUGGCGUCCGCGUCGACAAGCACGACAAAAUAAGGGCACGGAGCCCAAGCCAGAGAGCAUGUCGCCGCCCGAGUUUUUCCAGAUGCAGACGGACGCGUUCCAGACAGCGUUCGUGUCGUCCGAGAUCCCGGCCAAUUGGAACAUUGUGUGUCUCUCACUCACGUCGUCCAAGGAGCUCUUGGUGCACCGACUCCAGCGCAAUGGCGCGGUCCCUGUUACGGUCGCGCUGCCCAAGAGCGUAUUUCCAAUGGAGAGCUUUCUCUCCGGGCUACACAAGAUCAUUGCCGCCUCCAAUGACACGUUGUCGGGGCAUACCGCCGAUGAAGCGCAUGCGUGGUCAGCUACCCAAAAGAAGCAGUGGUGGCACCAGCGCAACCAUCUCGACAAGCAACUGCACCUCCUGCUCGAGAAGGCCAUGACCAAGCUCGGGUAUUUCGCCAGUCUCUUUCUCAGUCGGCCGGUGGUGGUGCCGGAGGCUGUCGUCGCAGCCGUGGCCUCGGUGCGUGCCCAAGUCGCAAAUCUCUCGCUUGUCCAAGACGAGCUGCUACUCUCAGUGCUGUACGCGCUGCAGCAAAACAAGCUGUCGCGGGACGUGGCCCUCGCGGGCCUUCGGUCGAUUGUGCCGAGUCUCAACUUGGCGGCGGUUCGAUUCCCGGUGCACGCAUCGCUUGAACCACCCGGCCCCACGAUCCUCGUCUGCGAUGAGAAGGUCCAUGCGUUUCCGUGGGAAGGCCUAAGCAUUUGCAACGACGUGGCCGUGAGCCGCAUGCCGAAUCUGCGAUCGAUCUUGUCGCCGGUCGAAUCCGCCGUCUCCAAGCACAGCGUCCGGUACAUGAUCAACCCGUCGGGCGACUUGGUCGCGACCGAGAACGUGCUCCGACCGUUCUUGGAUCAAGCCGCGCGUGCGUGGCAGUGGACCGGUGUCUUUGGCCCCCAAGACGAUACCGCAAGUCGCAUGGCCGCGUAUGUCCAGGAGAGUGAUGUGUUUAUCUACUCGGGGCACGGCUCGGGGGAGAUCUUUCUGCACCGGGACGUGCUAUCGGGGUGGUCAAGAGCCAGCGUCGCGCUUCUCUUGGGCUGCAGCAGCGGUCGCCUCAAGCAAGAAGGGAUCUACCUCCCGGAAGGCAUGCUUUUGAGCUACUUGGCCGCCAAUAGCCGCGCGGUCGUCGGCAUGCUAUGGGACGUGACCGACCGUGACAUUGACCGGCUCAGUCUCAAGCUCUUGAACGAUUGGUUUCGAGGCGACGCGUCGUUGGCGUCGGCGCUUCUGAUGGCGCGACGCGAGUGCAAACUGACGUCGCUCAACGGUCUCGCGGCGGUCUGCUACGGUCUCCCACUGUUUGUCGAUGUCCAGAACGACGUGGUCAUGACGGACGAGUAACACAAAGUAGAAAUACUGCAAAUUAGACGAAAUAACAUAAGGU